AUGAAUUGGUAAAAAAAUCACCAAAUCAUAUCUAUUUAAAUAAUGGUGAUCUAUUCAUAUUAAAAGUAAUGAAUUAUCGUAAAGAAAAAGAUACUGGUGUUUAUUAUUGUUUAGCACGUAAUAUUAAUGGUAAAGCACGUAGCCAUAAUGCUACUAUUGAAAUUGCAACCAUACGAGAUGAUUUUCGUAUAUUACCAAAAAAUGUAUUUGCAAAUGUUGGUGAAAUGGCUAUAAUGGAAUGUUCACCACCACGUGGUUAUCCUGAACCAACAAUACGUUGGCGUAAAGAUGAUCAAUUGUUAUCAAUUAACAAUAAUAAUAAUAAUGGUGGUCGUUAUCGUUUAUCCGGUACAAAUCUUCAAAUAAAUAAUGUACAACCAGAAGAUAAUGGUAGUUAUCAAUGUUUGGCACAGAAUAUGGCCGGUCAAAGAGAAUCAUUACCAGCACAACUUAAUGUUCGAGGUUUGUUUUUUUUACAAGUUUUUGCUUCAAUUUGUAAUUUUUUCCUAUUGCGUUACCUUUUUAAAUUAUUUUUAGUAAAACCACAUUUUAUAAUAAAACCUGAAGAUAUAACAGCAUUAGCAAAUGAAAUUGCCGAAAUUCAUUGUAAAGUUGGUGGUGAUCCAAUACCGAAUGUUAGUUGGCGUCGUGAAGGCGGUCAAAUAUCAUCACAAAGAGCUUCGAUAAACGAAAAUAAUUCAUUGAGAAUCGUUAAUGUUACCGAAGAAGAUGAAGGCCUUUAUAUUUGUCAAGCUGAAAAUCUUGUCGAUCGUAUAUCACAUUCGGCAACAUUAAUCGUACAUUCAAAACCAACAUUUUUAAUUGAACCAAAUGAUGUUCGUGUAACAAUAAAUUCAAUGGCAAGAUUUGAUUGUAUUGCAAGUGGAAAUCCACGUCCAUCCGUAUUUUGGAACAAAGAAGGAAAUCAAUUUUUAAUGUUUCCGGAUAAUAAAUAUGAACGUUUUAUGGUUACACCAGAAGGAUCGUUAAUCAUAUCACCGGUAAAAAAAGAAGAUAAAGGUUAUUAUGUUUGUUCAGCAUUAUCGGUAGUUAGUUCAGCACGGACAAAAGCAUAUUUAAAUAUAAGUUCAUCGAUUGAUUUACCACCACCGAUUAUUGUACUCGGGCCUGCUGAUCAAACAUUACCUGAACAUACAACAGCAAUGUUACCUUGUGAUGUAAUUGGUCAACCAGUACCAACAUUAAAAUGGUUUUUUAAUAAUUCACCUUUACCGGUUAAUAAUGUUGCUCGUUUUAGCCAACUUGAUUCAGGAACAUUACAAAUUGAUGAUUUACAAUUAUCCGAUUCAGGUGAAUAUAAAUGUCUUGCUUAUUCAGAAAAUGGUGAAGCAUCAUGGUCAGCAAAAUUAUUGGUUGCAUCACCACAUAGUACAAAUACAAUGUUUCAUCGUAUGCCUGAUCCGGCAACAUUUCCGGAUGCACCAAGUCGACCAAACAUAUUGAAUGUAACAGAAAAUUCAAUAACAAUUCAAUGGAUACGUAGUGGUCGUGAUGGUUCAUCACCAUUCAAAGGUAUUAUUAUUGAAUAUUUUAGCCCAGAUCAUCAUAAUGAAUGGAUUAAAGCGGCUAAAGGAAUUCAAUCGGAUCAUUUUACAAUAACCGGUCUUAAAAGUGGUUCACGUUAUUAUUUUAUUGUACGUUCGGAAAAUAAUCAUGGUAUUGGACCACCAAGUCCAAUUUCAUAUGAAGCAAGAACAUUAGGAUCAAUACAAAUAUCUACUACUACUGUCGAUAUGGUUAAUAAUAAUAAUCAUCAUAAUAUGCUUACAACAAAAAUGUUAGAUAUGAAUGAUAUACGAAAAAAAUUAGAAAAUACAAUUAUCGAACUGAAAGAUGUACGAACAAUUAGUUCAUCGGCUGUAAAAUUAUUCUGGAAUAUACAUAGUAAUGGUAAUCAUGAUUAUAUUGAAGGUUUCUAUAUUCGUUAUCGUAAAAUUGAUCCAAAUCAAGAAAAAUAUCAAAUGCAUACUGUUUAUAAUGGUGGUGCAUCAUCAUAUAUUAUCAAUAAUCUACCUAAAUAUACAACAUUUGAAUUUUUUCUUGUACCAUUUUUCAAAUCAAUUGAUGGCCGUCCAAGUAAUAGCCGUAUUGUUCGUACAUUGGAAGGUGUACCAUCAGCAUCACCAACAUUGAUUCAAGCUCGACCAAUAAGUUCAGAUUCAGCAUUGAUUACAUGGCAAUCACCACCAUUACAAGAAAUGAAUGGUCUCCUUUUGGGUUAUAUAAUAUUUGUACAUGGUACCUAUACUGGUUAUAAUAUAAAUUUAACUGUUAAUUCAAAUACAACAUCAUAUUUAUUAAGAAAUUUAACAUCCGAAACUGAAUAUGUUAUACAAAUAACAGCAUUUACAAGUGUUGGUGUUGGUGUACCAUCAGCACCAUUAACAUUUAUAAUGGAUCCAUUAAUGAUGUCAAAUGAUAUUAUUUAUAAUGAACAUAAUCAAACAGGAAUAUUUGAUUCAUCAAAUGUUUGGAUUUGUGUAUUAAUCAUAUCAUUAAUAAUAUUAAGUUUAAUUGUAUUAUUAUUAGGAUUUUUAUUAUUUAAAAAACGUUCAGCAAUUAUGAAAAAGAAUAAUGAAAAUUCAAUGCUAAAUCGUGAAUUAAAAUCCACACAGAAUGAUCAUUUAUUCUGUUCAAGACCAUUUGAUUUUCCAAAAGGAUGGCAACAAAAUGAUAUUAAACAACAACAACUACAACAACAAUCAUCAGGAACAAUGAUAAAAUUAUCACCAACAUUAAUACCAACGGAUAAUAAUGGUUAUUCAACAGUUACAACUGAUGAUCAAGCUGCUGAUUAUGCUGAUUAUGAUUAUGUUUCACAACAAGGUGAAAAUAAUUAUGAAUCAACAACAUAUGAACCAUAUCCAUCUAGUCCAAUUGCAUAUGCCAGUUCAAGUAUUGUAAUCAAUAAUAAUAACGUUAAUAAUAACAAUACUAAUAAUAAUCCAUAUCGAUUGAAUAAUCAAACGAUUAAUAAUGGUAAUCAGCAACCAAUGCAAUGGCGUACACAAUUAUUGAAUACGAAAAAUGAUAAUCAUAUGAAACCAUUAAAUUUUACAGCAACAUUAGAUCGUAAUACAUUGAUGUUACAAAAUAAUAACAAUCAAAAUGUUAUUGAAAAUCGUUAUGGUAAAAAGAAUUUAUUUAUCAAUGAAAUUGGUAUUCUUGGUGCUGGUGGUGGUAGUGGUAAAAAUAUCAAUAUAACCGAACCAUUAAUUGGUAGCCAUCAUGGUCAUCAUCUUCAUCAACAAUAUCAUCCAAUUGAUAAUAAUGAUAAUGUAAAUCAUUAUCAUUAUGCUGAUUCAGCUGCAUAUUGUUCAUCAAUUGGUGGUAAUAUUAUUGGUCAACAACAGCAACCAUCACCAUCAUUAACUAAUAAUGUAACACAAAUACCAUCAUCAAAAUUAAUGGCUAAUCAAGUUAAAUAUGGUUCAUUAUCAAGAAUUAAUAAACAACAACAACAACAGCAGCCACAAUAUCAUUAUGAAAUAAAAAAUGAUAAUAAUCAAAAGUCAAAACCACCACCAACAUCAUCAUCAUCAUUUAUAUUAACAUCAUCAAAUGAUUCAAUAACAAGAAUACAAUCACCAAAAACAAUACAACAAAAAAAUCAAUUUGAAUCAUAUCAAUCAAAUAAAAAUCGUCAACAUUUAAUACAAAAUCCAUUGAUUAUGAUGAAUAAUAAUACUCAACCGCAACAGCAACCGUAUGAAAGCCGUAUGAUGGCCACGGCUAAACAAUCACCAUUCAAAAAUGAUCAUAAUCAUCAUAAUGGAAAUAUUUAUCUAUCACGAAAUAGAGCUAAUAAUGAUAUAAAAAAUAUAAUAGAUAUCUGUGAUAGUGAAUCUACCUAUCAAGAAUUAUCUUGAAAACAAAAAAAAAAACAACUUUUGAAAUUCUUUCCUUCUUUC